GGAAAGGAAACAAUUUUUCCAAUUUUGCACUUUUUUUUUUACAGCAUCAAUAACAAAAGAAAAUGUUUCAAUCUUAGAACUACCUAUACCCAUAGGCAAUCCUAAAUAUCUAGAAGAAGAGUGGGAAGUAAUCCCUAACAAUACUGAACAAAUAUCCUGCCUAGUACUAGUUGCCAACUUUUCUAUUUUCGUUUUAUAUUCCAUUUUCUCUUCCAUUCAUCUCUUUUUUUAUCUUUAUCAUCAUUUCCCUUGUCCCUAUAUAAAUCCUUUUGUGCAUUGGCACACAAACAGACAGAAAGUUGAAAAAAAGUUAAUUUUGGUUGAAAAUACUUUUGCUGUGAAAGAAAAAAGAGAGAAACACAAAAUUGGCAGCUUGGAAAUGGAGAAAAAAAUAGUGGGAUGGGCUGCAAGAGACUCUUCUGGGGUUCUUUCUCCUUACACCUUCUCGCUCAGGGAGACAGGGCCUGAAGAUGUUUAUUUGAAGGUGAUGUGCUGUGGGAUUUGCCACACAGAUGUUCAUCAGAUUAAGAAUGAUCUUGGGAUGUCCAAAUAUCCUAUGGUCCCAGGACAUGAGGUGGUGGGUGAGGUGAUAGAGGUAGGAUCAGGUGUGAGCAAGUUCAGGGCUGGUGACGUGGUUGGGGUCGGGUGCAUUGUAGGAUGCUGUGGGAAUUGCCGCCCGUGCAAAUCGGAAAUCGAGCAAUAUUGCAGCAAGAAGAUUUGGUCCUAUAACGAUGUCUAUACAGAUGGCCAACCGACUCAAGGGGGUUUUGCUGAAUCCAUGGUUGUUAAUCACAAGUUUGUCGUCAAAAUUCCAGACGGCAUGGCACCGGAGCAGGCUGCCCCACUACUCUGCGCCGGGGUAACUGUGUACAGCCCACUAAACCAUUUUGGGCUGAAACAGAGUGGGCUUAGAGGCGGGAUAUUGGGCCUCGGUGGUGUGGGCCACAUGGGGGUCAAGAUUGCGAAGGUAUUGGGCCAUCAUGUUACAGUCAUAAGCUCUUCCAACAAAAAAAGGGAGGAGGCAUUGGACCACUUAGGCGCAGACGAAUAUAUCGUAAGCUCGGAUUCCGAUAAAAUGCAGGAGCUCACAGACUCGCUCGACUAUAUAAUCGACACUAUACCGGUUUUCCACCCUUUGGAGCCUUACCUCUCGUUGUUGAAAGUCGAUGGCAAAUUGAUCUUGAUGGGCGUUAUUAAUACUCCACUGCAAUUUGUUACUCCCAUGGUCAUGCUCGGGAGGAAGAGCAUCACGGGAAGCUUUAUUGGGAGCAUGAAAGAGACAGAGGAAAUGCUUGAAUUCUGCAAGGAAAAGGGCCUGAGUUCGACUAUCGAGAUAGUGAAAAUGGAUUACGUGAAUACGGCUAUGGAGAGGCUUGAGAAGAAUGACGUUCGGUACAGAUUUGUCGUGGAUGUUGCCGGGAGCAAACUCACCGAAUGAUCGUUUUUUCAUGAGUCAUAUCUGAAAAAACUCUAAUGAUUUUAUUUGAGAUUUUAUACUACAUAUAUCAUCAUGGAAGUUUCUUUUUCUGUUACUAUUUGUGUUGAACAAAAAUGGAAUGUGUUGUGUUGUGUUGUGUUGUGUUGCUUUUGUUUGU